AUGCUGGACUCUUCUGUGGCAGAUCAAAUGGCCCGACUGACCCUGAAACUCCUGGAGAAGAAACUGGAGCAGGAGCGUGAGGAUGUGGAAGGGGAUUCUGAGGACCCCUACCUUGUGCCAGGACCUGAGGACAGGCCAGACGCAGCCCUGCACAGUGCUCUGAGGAGGAGGAAGGACCUUCUGCAGAGACUCUGGGAACAAUACCUCCUGGAAGAGCUCUCCAGAGCCCAUGCCCCAGCCUGGAGGGGGCCCAGCCGAGGAGCCUAUGGGUCAGCGCUGCCCCCAGAGGUGGGCCCUGGCAUCUACCCCACCGCCUCCGUGCCCCCACCUGCCCUGGAGCUGCCUCGGGUGAUCCAACACUCGGUCCCCCAGCCUCCUGCUACCAUCAUUCAGCAGCUACCUCAACAGCCACUCAUCGCCCAGAUUCCCCCUCCCCAGGCCUUCCCAGCUCAAAGGUCAGGAAGUAUUAAGGAAGACAUGGUGGAGAUGAUGCUGCUGCAGAAUGCACAGAUGCACCAGGUGAUCAUGCAGAACCUGAUGCUCCAAGCUGUGCCCCCGACGGCCCCCGUGUCCUCCAGGGGACCACAGGCCACACCCCUGCAACCCACCCGGCAGGACCCACAACGGGCUCACCCCACCGUCCUGCGAGCUGAGAGGCAGAAACCGCCCUCCGUGCACCACCACCACCACUAUGCGCCCACAGCCCCGCUGCAGGCUGUUCCCGCGCCUGGCUCACCCAUGGCUUACUCCACGUGGCCUGCAGUGGUCUCAGCCACCGCCCUCCCAUCUGCCGCCAGCUUCCUGCCCACCAUGCGCCACUUGGUCACCCCCUCUGCUGCUGCCCUUAGCGCGACUGUGCCUGAAGGUUUCCUCCCUGCACCAGCUCCAGCUCCAGGCCAGUGA